UGUAUAGAUCAUCAUCAGCCACCAUGUUCCGCUCUGAUGAGCAUCUCCUUAGCGUAUCGUCGCUAGUGAAGUCCACCCAACCGCUAGAUGAUAACUUGUCGAUUUAUGAUCCAAGCUCUCCUGAUGGCACAAAGAAGGAGCACUACAAGUCAUCCAAGGAAAAUGUUAUCCACCUCAUCCCUCUUGUUUUACUUCUUUGUGGUUUUGUUCUUUGGUUCUUUUCUCAUCCAAUUAGCGAAGGAACUCAAAGGAACUAGUAGUACAAUGUAACAUGAUAAUUUGAGGUUAAUAAUGGAACUCAUAACUUAAUUUGAUUGGUCA